UCAAAACGAUAAAAUGCGGGAAUUAAAUGCUGAAAAUUCGCAAAUUUUCACUCAGUUUGUUUAAAGCAGAGCAGAUUUCUUGAUUAAAGAUGCCUCCAGGAAACAAACGGAAAAAGUUUCUCCGUUUCAUGAACAAACUUGUAAAACUGGGUGAAGAUAUCAGCGAUGAUUCUGAUGGUGAAUCAGGAUCUAGUACUGAGGAUACCUCAUCUCCAGAUAUAGACACGGUUUCGAACUCCAGCUUGUCCACCCUGGGUAGAUAUUCGUCUACCUCUACACAGGACGGAGCUCUUGAAAACUACCUUCAGCAUCAAACUAUACCUAGCUCAUCAGAUUCAGACGUAGCUUCACAACUUGAAAUGGAACAGAAAGCCCGCGAAAACUGGGGCAAAUUGAGAAAACAUUCUGAUCAGCUGAUUGCGAAACAACGUGUUGUCAGGAUAAUGCAGGAUGAACCUAAAGAAUUGUCUCCUCAAAUAGCUGCCUGGUUCCUAGGACCAAAGGCUGAGAACCUGGAUAUGCUGAAGAACCUCGUAAACCACGCUCUUGACGAGCACUCCGAGUUUAGGAGAUAUAAAUACUUUCCUCUAGAUCCAGAAUAUAUAGAUAAGGAUAUCAUGAGGAAACCUGCAUUCAGAAAAGCUGAGAGAAAAAUAAAAGCAGAGCUGGAUAUACUCUCAGAACGAUUAAAGAAUUCUAUUCCAUUCUUUAACUUCAGAAGUCAGGGCCAUAUGUUGUGGGAUACAACAAUAGCAUCUAAUGUUGGAUACAUUGCGGCUAUCCUAUAUAAUCAGAAUAAUGUAGCUAGUAUGGCUAGUGGUGUAACCCUACAGCUGGAGAGGGAGGUUGUCAGUGAACUAUGUAGGAUGGUUGGAUACAAUCUAGGAGAACAUUCAAUUAAAAAUCCCAAGUCUUGGGGUCAUCUACCCAAUGGUGGAACUGUUGCUAAUAUAGAGGCAAUGUGGGCAGCCAGAUGUUUGAAGUAUAAUGGUUUAGCAAUCCAGAAAAUGAUGAAGAUUAAUUUCAACACAACACAUCUCAGCGCAGUCAGGGAUUCUUUUACGUUCAGAAAACUUGAUGGGAAGAAGAAGCUCCUAAAGGACGGUACCCCCUGGGAGCUACUAAAUAUACCUAUUGAUGAAGCUAUUGAUUUGUUUGAUAACCUCCUUCAAACAAUAAAUAUUCCAGAACCGAUAAUGGAAUAUGAUGAGCUAUUUUCUCUGGUUCUAGAAUGCACAAUGGAGGAACAGGGUGUUCUAGAGUUCUUUGAAAAUAUAAGAGAAGAAUAUCCAAACCCAAGGAUGGGACGAUGGUUUGUUCCUGGUUCACGGCACUAUAGUUGGGACAAGGGCAACAAUAUCCUGGGAAUGGGUCGGCAGAACCUUAUUAAGGUUAUUGUAGAUGCAGACUGCAGGAUGGAUCUAAUCACUCUCAGAGAGAAUUUACAGGAGUGCCGUGAGAGGAGAAUCCCUGUAAUAGGGGUUACUGCUGUGUUUGGAACUACACAAGAAGGUGCUGUGGAUGAUUUGGUGGAGAUAUUAAAGAUACGAGAUGAGUUUGGGAGAAUGGAGAACGGAUUAACCUUCUAUAUUCAUGUUGAUGGAGCUUGGGGUGGAUACUUUGCUUCAACUAUGUGGAACACAAGCGAUCAAGAGAAUGAGCUGAAGCCAGAUUUUGAACCUCCAACUGCAUCAAACAUGGAUACAACCACAUUUCCAGCCUGCAGAAUCAGCCGUCAUUUUGAGAGUCAGCUGAGAGCAAUUAGACAUGCCAACUCUAUCACCCUUGAUCCACAUAAAACUGGUUUCUGUCCAUACCCGGCAGGUGGACUCCUCUACAGGAACGGAAAUAUCAAGAAAUUCCUGGCCCAGAAUGCUGCUUACGUCAGCCAUGGAUCAAAGAAUAACGAAGAGAUAAAUCUGUGUGGUAUAGAUGGUUCUAAACCUGGAGCUGCUAGUGCUGCUGUCUGGCUUUCUCAUAGAGUCAUCGGACUUCAUGAUAAUGGAUAUGGACUACUCUUGAGACAAUGUACAUUCUCUGCUGCUGUCAUGUACGCAAUGUGGGUCUCCAUGGAGAGACCAGAGGAUCCCUUUACCAUUGUACCUGCUGUACCCCUCGUCAAGACUGUUCAGGGUGUCAAGUGGACAAGAAAAAUGAUCAGGAAGGAAAUUCUCAAAUCUGAAAACCAGGUUUUACUGCAAAACCAGAAGGCAAUGACGUUUCUGAUUAGAAAUGGUCCAGAUACACUUAUCAACUGUAUUUCUGCCAACUUCAGAGUUUGGGACAAUGCCAGUGAAUCUUGGAAGUUGAAUGAUGAUCCCAAUAAGCAAAUUCAGUUUAUAGAUUCCUUCUACAAAAGAUGCAGCCAUUCAAUUGAGAAGCCUAGCAUGGUGGACCGGGGUAUCCAGGUUAUCAUGAAUUCAACAACGUGGGAGCCCAGCUCACAUGGUAAAGCAUACACUUGUGUGAAGAAAACACUUGGUCUACGUGGUGAAAGUGAGAACCAAAAUGAGAACAAGAAAAUCAAAAUGCUCAUCAACACAUGUAUGUCUCCUUGGUUGAGAGCCCAGAAAACAUUUGAAAGAAUCUCUGUGAUUAUCAGAAAUGAGUUUUACAAUGCUGUCGGAGCAGUAACUGAUCCACCAGAGAAUCUCAGUUUUGUUUCUCCAUGCUCUAUUGAGACCUACAAGGACUGGGUCCAGGAUGGAUUUCUAUUUGGAGAACUUGAGGCUUCCUUCUGCAGGGAACGACAAUCCAAGAACUACCACGUCAUUGGACUUUUCUGUGUAAGAAAUGAAGAUAGAGCUAAGUUGGUAAAGCUUGCAAAGAAAGCUCAAAACCUCGCCAAAAACAAACCAAAUGUGACGUAUUUUCCACUACGCUUCAAAAUAGUGAAAAAGAUGACAGUGUUUGACCUGAUGACAGGGUUGAAAGAAGAACCUACUAAACAUGAAGAGGGAGAGGAUGAUGUGGAUGGAAGGAAUGAAAAGAGAAGAUUAGGAGAGAGGAAGAGUACUAUGUCUGAAUGCCUGGAGAAGUAUUCUGAUCAGAACCAGUGUUACUCCAGUAUACCCCAGCAGGAAAUAGAGGUUAAUUUCUUCUACUCACACAACCUGUCCACCACAGCAAAUAUUAAACUCAGAAGAGUUAUUAGAUAUCAUCAUCUAGCCAGAGAUUUUGUAGAUGAGACAGAUUAUCCGCCUACUCAGGAGUACAUACUCUACUCAUACCAGCAGUUUGCUUACCUAUCCCACUGUCCUAACAGAUAUCCUGACUUCCAGCAGUUAAUAGAAUUAGACAAACUACCAACUCCAGUUCAAGCAAGGAAGAACUAUUGUGAACUAUAUGAGGAAGCUUUGAGUCGAGGUGUUAUAGUUUACCUCCCUCAGAUAGAGGUUGGAGGACGACCUCUACUCAGGAAGGAUUGUGAGAAUGUUUGCAGGGAUCCUUUAUUCCAGCAUACAUAUAAUGCAGUCAGUUGGACGGAUCAAGGAGCGUUUACUGGAGAUAUGAUCAGUAUAAACCUUCAGUUUAUAAACCAGGGGAAACGUUGGUUUGAUGGAUCCAGUAUAAACGAAGGAUAUGACAAGUCCCAGUUUCCGAUGUACUUCACGAAGGAUGGUGAGAGGAAAGAUUAUCCCGAGGAGGAGGAAGAUGAACCAGAAGACGACAUUUACUCUCUUCCUUUAAUUCAAGAUGAUAAGGUGGAGCAGGAAGAAUAAGAAGGUUGAAUGAGUUGAAUAGUCUGAUCGAGGCACAUCUGUUUUUGAAACAAUGUGAAUUAUUAAAUCAAAUUUUAUAUCUCUCUUUUCCUGUAUCUAUAGUUGGUAUACAUAUAAAUACGUUAUGUUUAAAUUAUAAUUUAACUGCAAUAUAUGUCUGUUUGAUAUCUAAUAAAUGAAACAUUUACUGGUU